UUUUAUUAUCAAAGAAAUAUGGAUUCCCAUGCUUACGCUUGUUCUUGAGGUCUCUACUUCGCUAGAUGCUAUUGGUUAUUUCGACGAAAACGUAUCUUUUGCUAGUUUUCUACACAAAAUAUUUUAUAUUACCCGAGAGCGAACAGUUAUUAUCAUCAAAUUUGUCAACAACCCUCGUUACUACAAUUUAUUCAAAAUUAACGAAACAAGCAAAUAGUUAAGCAAGUAACUAGUAUUAGUAAACCAGUAGGGUGUAUUAAUAUUCAUGCAGUAUUGCAUGCAUGCAGGGCCCAAAGAAUUGUAUCCGUAUAAUAUCUAACUACAAUGAUUAUUCUGUGAAAAAUAUCAAUGUUUCUGGCAGAUGCUGAAAGGGUCAGGUUUUCAUCUAGCGGUGAUUGGCUGAGGUGGGCAACCGGCCGGGAUUCAACGUGGAUGGUGGGUCGACGUUGAAGCGCCGUGAGUAAAACGUAUACAAGAGGAUUUUUGCACGUUGAAAUUCGAAAUGGCAGUUGCAGGUAAAAAAGGUGGCCAAUCUAAUAAGAAUAAGCAACAUAUCCGUGGAAAAGGUCAAAAGAAGAAAAAAGUUACUUUGAAAUUCACUGUGGAUUGUACACAUCCUGUUGAAGAUAAUUUGAUGGAUGUGGCGAAUUUUGAAAAGUAUCUGCAAGAACGUAUAAAAGUAAGUGGCAAGACAAAUAAUUUCGGCAAUACCAUCACGCUGGAACGAAACAAGACAAAAUUAUCUGUAAGUUCAGAUGUUCCCUUUUCUAAGAGGUAUUUGAAGUACUUGACCAAAAAAUAUUUAAAGAAGAACAGUCUUCGAGAUUGGCUACGAGUUGUUGCAAGUGGAAAAGAUACAUACGAGCUAAGAUAUUUCCAGAUUAACAGUCAGGAGGAUGAAGAAGAAGAAGAUAACGAUUAAUUAAACAUUUUUCUCGUUCACGUGUACAUUAUUUUCUUGCUUCAUGAUUGGCUACGGAAGUGCAGGACUACUUUCAUUUGUUUUAGGCAGGUCGAUAACGCGAUUAGUUUUCUGAAAAGUCUGAGAACGUGUCUGCCACGUGUAGCUGCCGAAGACUUUUAAAUUGUUAUAUUGUGUGUUAUUUGUUACAAAAAUGGAUACAAUUCCCGAAGAGAAAAUAUUGGCAAUCGGUAGCGUAUUGAAGAACACAAAUAGACCAUUGAAGGAAAGGUUUCGAGCGUUGUUCACGUUACGUAAUCUUGGUGGACCAGUGUCAGUUAAAUGUAUAGAACAGUGUUUCGACGAUUCAUCGGCCCUCUUGAAACACGAAUUAGCUUAUUGUUUGGGACAAAUGGGUGAUCAAGCAGCCAUUCCUGUUCUUACAUCAGUAUUGAAGGAUACAUCUCAAGAACCCAUGGUUAGGCAUGAAGCAGCUGAAGCUCUGGGUGCUAUUGGAUCAGAAGAAUCCUUGGAUGUUUUGCUGAAACAUCUUGAUGACCCUGUUCCUGAAGUAGCUGAGACUUGUGAACUUGCAAUAGAGCGAAUCAAAUGGCACAAUAAUGAACAUAAAGAUACUGAACGUAAAUCGCCAUAUGCUUCUGUUGAUCCUACUCCUCCUGCAGAAGAGAGUGAUGUGGAGAUGCUUGAAAAGGUUCUUCUUGAUGAGAAAGCAAGUCUCUUCAAUCGCUACAAAGCUAUGUUUGCUUUAAGAAAUUUGCAGACCGCAGAGAGUCUUUUCUCAAAAGGUAGUGCUCUUUUUCGUCAUGAAGUUGCAUUUGUGCUGGGACAAAUGCAGAAUGAAGUUAGUGUCCCCUAUUUAAAAAAAUCUUUGGAAGAUCCCUCUGAGAAUGAAAUGGUACGACAUGAAUGUGCUGAAGCACUAGGUGCUAUUGCUACUGAAGACUGUUGCACUAUACUAAAGAACUUUUUAGAAGAUGAAAAACGUGUUGUGAAAGAAAGCUGUGAGAUUGCAUUAGAUAUGUGUGAUUAUGAAAAUAGUCCUGAAUUUCAGUAUGCCAAUACACUUCUUAGAGUUUAAAUACAUGUGAAUGUUCUUUUCUUUCUGUAAUAAAGUCCUAUUAAUAUUAUAUUGGAAUUUU